CACUUUCUGGACGGAGGGCAAACAUAAGAAAACAAACAUCACCUUAAAGCAGCUCCGUCGGUUCGUUUUCGUCCAAACCUCUGUCGCUAUGGACAUCAGCACAUUUUUACUCCUGAUUCCUCUGCUUUCUCUUCGUGCUCUGCAUGCGUACGGGGAGGAUUUUCUACUAAUGCCGGUGGAACUCGCUCCUAUUCCCUGUAACGACAAAGCAGUGGAGAAGCUCUCUCGUCUGGCCGUCACUUACAUCAACGAGGAUCGCAGCGAAGGCUACAAAUUUGCUCUAAACCGCAUUGCAAACGUCCACCUGCAUGCUCAGGGACCAGCAGGAAACGUGUAUUAUCUGGACCUGGACGUCCUGGAGACAAAGUGUCACACAGGCAGCCCGAAACCAUGGAAACGUUGUGACGAAUUCAUGGAAACGCAAAUCAGUGGCAACUGCAACACCACCAUUCUGCACACAGCAGAGGGCUACACCUACCUGUACAGCUACGACUGCGCUCUACUCCCAGAUCCUCCAGAAAAGCUCCAACAGACUUGUCCAACUUGUCCCCUCUUGCUUUCGGAGGACAGUCCCGAUGCCAUGAUUGCUGCUGGGAUCAGUCUGGAGUCCUAUAAGAGGCAGUCCACUCUGGGUGCAGGACUCGGAGUGAAAAACAUCACUCGAGCUGCAGCACAGGAUGUGCCAACAAAAGCCAUUUUAGUGGAGUACGCAGUCCAAGAGUGUCCAGAAGGAAUCACAGAGAGAGGAACCUGCCAGAGACUGUCGCUCAAAUCAGACACACAGACCACAGGUUUCUGUACAGCAUCUGUGCUUGGAGACUUGAACGACCACCCUGAUGUUCAGGUGUCCUGUGAAUUGUUCAGAAUACAGAAUGUUGACGUUGUUCGGCCAGUGCAGCCGCAGGUUCACCGCCUGGACCCUGUGGUCCCGGCCCUUCCGCCUCUGCCUGAUGACCCAGGAAAGGAUGUGCAGCCAGUUCCCACUCACUCACCAACCCCCAGUUCUGCUCAGCCGGCUCCGUUUGACCCAAAAGCAGCGCCCGUCGUUCCCUCUGAACCCUCGGUUGUGGUUAAACCCUCUGGUGUUCUCGGCUCUUCCUCCAGUGAGUCUGCUGAGAGUCUAGAGAACAAGAAACCACACCCAGUCAGGAAUUCUGAGUCCUCCUCUGAAGAAUCUGGAGGUCCUGUGGCUCUACGUCCACCCUUUAGCUUCCGCUACCAAAAGCGUGAUCGUAAGAAACGGCAAGCCUUGAUGGAGACAUCUCCGUCUCACCAGCCAGUGUUUCUGUCUGAUUUUCCCAGUGGCCUGUCUCCUUUCCGGUCCUGUCCUGGGCCGGCCCGAUACGCCACAGUGUAACCAGCGCCGCCCUGCUCAGACGUAUGAUAAACUGCUGCGCUACUUGUCACUGGAGGCUUGUAACAAUUUGUGCUAAUGAGAAGAAUUCUGUCUCUUUUUCUUGCCCCGGAGCAUCCCCCCAGCUGCUCCCAGAGCAGCUCCAACUUGUUUCUAAAAAUGGCUUCAGAAGUUUUCAAAAUGCCAACAAAACACUUUUAAACUACCUAUGAAGUUGGAUGUUUUUUACUUAAUCCUGAACUAAACCUUUUCUACGGAUGGUGUAUUUAGCAUUAGCUUGUGCAAACAAAACCGUCUCCUGCAGCCAAGGGAUUUCCUCCUAAAAGGUCCAGUUGGUUCUGUUUAAUCAGCCAGUUGUUUAAAAUGUCAGUCUUCAGUCGUUGUUCAGGUCUGCCAAACUAAUCAAUAAAAAUCUUUACGCAAA